UUUUACUUAGUUUUUGUUGUAAAUGAUGCGGAAAAUAAAUUUUGUGGGAAUUUUCUUCAUUUUCGUGGCUUUUUUAGUCAAUUUUGGAGCUGGAUAUUAUUUUAUCAACGGGACGAAAUACUUUGAAGAAUGUGACAAGUACGCCGUUUGUAACAUCCUGUACGAUCGUCACUGGAUGCCAGAUUUGAUUGAAAACAUCUGUACUUGUCCUCAGGGCAGUGUUUGUCCCACAAUGUAUGCCGAUCCCAUCGACGAGUAUGCAAUGCAGAUCAAUUCUCGCACGCAAAUCAAAUUUUGUGAGCCUAUCGAUAAAUUGAAAAAGUGCAAACGGAACGAAUUGGCAAUAACUACGAAGAAAAUCCUGUAUUUGGAUCAUUUACGAAGCGCCAAGGCAGUUUUGCACUGUGCCUGUGACGAUUUCUCGUCUUAUUGGAAAUUCAAUCAAAGUUAUGGCGACUAUUUGGACAAUGACAAAGCUUUAAUUGAAAUUUUCGACGAUUAUCAAUGCACGGAGCUCAAAAAAUGUGAGCCACGGGAGUUUUGUGGAUACGCCAGAUCCGAUUUUGGGUUCAUUUUUCAUCGUUGCUCGUGUCCCUUGUACCAUAAAUGCGGUUAUGACGUCGAAGAUGAGGACGAUAAUGCGGAUGUUAUUGAACUUUUCUACAAUGGACUUGGAUAUCGGGCACGAUGCAUCCCCACAGAAGAGUUUUAUUAACAAAAAUUACCUGAGU